AUGUGUCCGAUUCUCAACAGAAUAGACUCAAAGCAACUGGAGACAUCACUCCCCAAACGAGUCGAAUAUGUCACGAAAUUCAUCGAGUUUGGGCCGGAGGAUGCUGCGGCAUUACGAGCUGCAGCUCCAAUAGUGAAACAAAUCACUAAUUGUGCAGUAGACGCUGUUUACGAGAAGCUGUUUUCCUUUGACGUCACCCGAUCGACGUUUCUUUCUCGCAACACCGGAUUCGAGGGACAGCUAGCCACUAGGCUCGAAGAGAUCACACACGAAUCGGAGCAGAUCAAGUUCAGGAAAGACUUUCUCCGAGCAUGGAUGUUCAAGGUCUUCACCGCGGACUAUACGGACAUCAAAACGUUCGAGUACCUUGAUAAAGUCGGCUUGAUGCAUACUGGUCCCGCGGCCUUUCAACAUCGAGAGAAAAAGGAGCCUCUACAUGUAGAUUAUAUGCACUGCGCACUACUCCUGGGCCACGUCCACAAUAUGCUCACCCGAGCGGUGCUGGCACGCAACCUCCCAGCCGAAACAACGCAAACUACAUUAGUAGCUAUAAACAAGGUUCUAUGGAUCCAGAACGACCUCUUUGCGAGACACUAUAUCCCACCCCGUCACCCGGCCUCAGAAGAAUCCGAGACCAAGGAUAAAAGCGCUGCAAACUCAUGGGGUUGGGGACUGUUUGGGAGAUCGUCUGGAUCAUCAUCAUCGUCUUCGUCGUCAUCUUAA